AUGGCGGACAAAAGUGGAGCCCAAGUGAAAAUAGGGCACUAUAUUUUGGGCGAUACGUUGGGUGUCGGCACGUUUGGGAAAGUGAAAAUUGCCACACAUCAGCUGACUGGACACAAAGUUGCAGUGAAAAUUCUCAAUAGGCAGAAGAUAAAAAAUCUUGAUGUCGUCGGGAAAAUUCGCCGGGAAAUUCAGAAUCUCAAAUUGUUUAGACACCCACAUAUCAUUAAGUUGUACCAGGUGAUUUCCACUCCUACUGAUAUCUUCAUGGUGAUGGAGCAUGUGGCAGGAGGAGAGCUGUUUGAUUAUAUCGUCAAGCAUGGCAGACUGAAGGAACCAGAGGCACGAAGAUUUUUCCAGCAGAUAAUUUCCGGUGUGGACUAUUGUCACAGACACAUGGUUGUACACAGGGAUCUUAAGCCAGAAAAUCUUCUCUUGGAUUCCAAUAACAAUGUCAAAAUUGCUGAUUUUGGUCUUUCGAACAUGAUGACUGAUGGAGAAUUUCUGCGUACAAGUUGUGGUUCUCCCAAUUAUGCUGCCCCUGAAGUUAUUUCUGGGAAGCUGUAUGCAGGACCAGAGGUAGACAUAUGGAGUUGUGGGGUCAUUCUUUAUGCUCUCCUAUGUGGGACUCUUCCUUUCGAUGAUGAACAUGUUCCAACACUUUUCAGAAAAAUAAAGUCUGGUAUUUUCGCCAUUCCUGAAUAUCUGAACAAGGAUGUUGUGAGCUUACUGUGUCACAUGCUGCAGGUGGACCCUGUGAAACGUGCCACCAUCAAGGAUAUCAGAGAAUAUGAUUGGUUCAAGAAGGAUUUGCCUGACUAUCUGUUCCCAACAACAACUGAUCAUGAUGCUUCUAUUAUAAACCAAGACAUUGUUCGUGAGAUUUGUGAGAAAUUCAAUGUGGAAGAGGUUGAAGUUCACAGAGCUUUAUUGGCUGACAAUCCCCAUGACCAGUUGUACAUUGCUUACCAUCUCAUCCUGGACAACCAGCUAAUGCAUGAGAAAGUUAGCAAUGAGUACCAAGACUUCUUUUUGGCUUCCAGUCCGCCGCCAGAUUCUUUCAUGGCUUCCAGUCCCAUGAGGCCACACCCAGAGCGCAUGCCAGAAAUGAAGAACACCUCCCAUACUUUGGACCCAAUCAUACAAAACAAGAACAGCACGCAUCCGAAAAAGGCAAAAUGGCACUUGGGAAUUCGUUCUCAGAGCAAACCGCAGGACAUCAUGCAUGAAGUGUAUCGUGCCAUGAAAUCCUUGGAUUAUGAAUGGAAGGUGAUUAACCAAUGGCACGUCAGAGUCCGGAAGAAGAACCACGUGACGCAAAGAUUUGCAAGACUUAGCCUGCAGCUGUACCAGGUUGAUCAGAAAAGUUACCUCUUGGAUUUCAAGAGCCUCAACAGCAGUAACGAUCCACUGGAGGUGAGUCCCUCCACUACGUCAAUCAACCCAACGAGUCCUUCUCACUCCAGCUCCCAGCUGUCCAUUGAUGAGCGCAUGGACACCGAUGAUAGCCUGGAAAAUCUGGGCCAGCCGCAUCAGACUCUUGAGUUCUUUGAGAUGUGUGCCAGUCUUAUCUGUGCUUUGGCACGAUAG